AUGCAGUUCUCAGUCAGAUUGAGCGUCUGCCUGCUCGGCUUGGUUCUCGUGUGUCUGUUCCCUCAGCCGGCGCAGGGUCAAGUUUCAUCACCGAGAAGAUUUCGUGCCAAAGUCUUGAGUCCAACGCAGCUGCACGUAUCGUGGAAAGAGCCGAAAGGAGAGUUCGAAAGCUACAAAGUCGUUUACAUGACAGAACCAGGUGACAAACAGACCGAGGUACAGAUCUCCAAACAGGAAGCAAAGCUCAUCAUUCAGGACUUUGACCCGUCUAAAGAAUACAACUUUAAAAUCACUGCAGUCCUCGGAGGACAGGAAAGCAAACCUCUCCGGGCCAAGCAUGAAGGUCGAGCCAUCCAGCACGUGAAGGAGAACAUCUUCACGGCGGAGGCGGGGAUGAGGAGAGGAAUCCCCAACGUCCUCGUGGUGCUCACCGACGGCCGGUCGCAGGACGACGUCAACAAGGUUUCCAAGGAGAUGCAGAUGGAAGGUUACAUCGUGUUUGCUAUCGGCUUCGCUGACGCUGACUACGGAGAGCUGGUGAGCAUCGCCAGUAAACCCAGCGACAGACACGUGUUCUUCGUGGACGACCUCGACGCUUUUAAGAAGAUCGAAGAGAAGCUGGUGACGUUUGUGUGUGAAGCUGCGACCGCCACUUGUCCAGCAGUGCCGAUGAGUGGCAGCUCAACACCAGGUUUCCGUAUGAUGGAGCUGUUCGGGCUGGUGGAGAACCGGUACAGUGCCGUCUCUGGCGUUUCCAUGGUACCCGGCACCUUUAACACCUUCCCCUGUUUCCACCUGCACAGCGACGCUCUGCUGGCACAGCCAACCAGGUUCCUCCACCCUGAAGGACUUCCCUCAGACUACACCAUCACGCUGCUCUUCAGGCUGCUGCCAAACACUCCUGAGGAGCCGUUCGCUGUCUGGGAGAUCCUGAACCAGAACAACGAGCCGCUGGUGGGAGUCAUCCUGGACAACGGAGGAAAGACUCUGACCUUCUUCAACAACGACUACAAAGGAGAGUUUCAGACGGUCACCUUCGAGGGUCCGGAGAUCAAAAAACUCUUCUAUGGCAGCUUUCAUAAGCUUCACAUCGCCAUCAGCAAGACGAGUGCCAAAGUAGUGAUCGACUGUAAGAUGGUGACAGAGAAAGCCAUCAACGCAGCAGGAAACAUCACCACAGACGGAGUGGAAGUUCUGGGAAGAAUGGUUCGAUCCAGAGGGAACCGGGACAACUCUGCACCGUUUCAGCUGCAGAUCUUUGACAUCGUCUGCAGCACAUCGUGGGCCAACAGAGACAAGUGCUGCGAGCUCCCCGGUCUGAGGAAAGAGGUCGACUGUCCAGCUCUGCCCAAAGCCUGCACCUGCACCCAGGAUAGCAAAGGCCCCCCAGGGCCCGCUGGACCACCGGGAGGCUCGGGGAUCAGAGGAGCCAGAGGAGACAGAGGAGAGCCGGGUCCAGUGGGUCCGACUGGUCCAGUUGGGGAUGUGGGUUUACCAGGACCUCAAGGACAACAAGGACCACAGGGACCCAGUGGACGCUCCAUCAUUGGACCUCCAGGCGGUCCAGGUGAGAGAGGACAGAAAGGCGAGGCUGGACAACAAGGAACACAGGGAAUUCCUGGUAGAGCCGGAGAACCAGGCAGACAGGGACCUCCAGGCUCCAGAGGAGCGCCAGGCAAAGACGGACCUCCAGGCAGAGAGGGCCCCUCAGGGAUCAUCGGGACUCCAGGAGCUCCAGGGGCCCCAGGUAACACGGGCCCUGCAGGAAAACAGGGAGAGCUGGGACCACCGGGUUUGCCUGGAAGCAAGGGAGAUAAAGGUGAACGGGGUGAUCUGCAGUCGACGGCGUCGGUCCAGGCCAUCGCCCGUCAGGUCUGUGAGCAGCUGAUCCAGAGUCACAUGGCUCGCUACAACUCCAUCCUGAACCACGUGCCCAGUCCAUCGGUGUCCAUCCGCACCGUGCCGGGGCCCCCCGGAGAGCCCGGCCGAAGCGGAACCCCGGGGCCGCAGGGAGAGCAAGGACCCCCAGGAAGACCCGGCUUCCCUGGACAGAACGGACAGAACGGGCAACCGGGAGAAAGAGGUCUAUCAGGAGACAAGGGUGAGAAAGGGUCUCCAGGUGUCGGAGUCCAAGGCCCCAGAGGACCUCAAGGAGCUCCAGGUGUUCAGGGGCAGGGCAGACCUGGUAGUCAGGGUUCAUCAGGGCGACCUGGGAACCCUGGAUCCCCCGGUCGGCCAGGCGUCCCUGGACCGGUCGGACCUGCAGGACCUCCAGGUUACUGCGACCAGAACUCCUGUGUGGGCUACAAUGUGGGAGUGUUGUCAGUCCUUGGUAACCUUGGUAACCCUGACUUGGUCGCCCUCGGCAACCUUUUGGUAACCUUUGUCCAACUACCACCCAACGUCUACCAGAACUACGGCGAGGCGGAGGAAGACGACGACCCCUACCGCUACUACCAGCCCAACUACCCGGCGCCGAGACCCGUGGAGGCCGGCGACCCCGCGUUGAACCCCGAAACCUUUGAGCUGAGGUCCCCCGGAGUCCACCGCAGCUCCAGGAGUCUGGACGGAGAGGAGGUGCAGCAGCAGGAGGAGGAGGAGAAGAGGUUCGGGCAGAAGAGGAGACUAAAGAAAAAGGUCCAAGAAGCUGCCGGGACUAACUAA